GCAGUAUGCACUCCCCUUGCCCAAGGGUGGGAAAUGAUUGAUGAUGCCCCUACUAUCAACGACGCUAUUGCUAGCUGCGGAAAUGGAGGGACUAUUAUCCUUCCACAAGGGCAGAUAUACUCAAUCCGAUCUCCAAUCAAUUUCACACCCUGCAAAUACUGCGAUCUCCAGAUCGAAGGUCAAAUUCUCGUCUCUCGAGACGAUUGGGCCUAUUGGGCUGGCCAGGACUCCAUAUUCACUGUUGCUGGCGUUAAAGGCGUCAUGAUUCGUAGCCUUACGGGAAAAGGAGUGAUUGACGGAAACGCGAUCGAUUUCUAUCACCGCCCUGUAUCAAACGAUGGUUGGAAUAGAGCACCUCCUUUACUGCACGUUACGAACGGGUCUUCUUAUGUUGUCGUCGAUAAUCUCCUCAUCAAAAACCCCCCGAUGCGUUUUUUUAGAGCAGAGGGAAACAGUACCAAAAUCACCUAUUCUCGACUAAAUCUCUCCGUUGUGGAGCAGUACGGUAUUAACCCCUGGUCCGAAUCAAUGACGUUUGGAUUCGAAUUGGGGGAUGUUUCAGAAGUCACUAUCGAUUCUGUUGCUAUGGAUUUCCGGGCUCGAAGCCAAACACCAAACACGAUUGGAGUUUGCGUGGCAUUUGACAGGGGGACAAAUGGUAUCACCGUCAAGAAUGUAACCUGCAAAGGUGCCUGGGGAGGAGUUUUGGUCAUGGUGGGCACUAUGGCAGCCUCGGUAGGC